UUGGCUCUGGUAGCCGCCGCCCCCGCCCCCAACCCCGCCCGGCCCAGCGCCUAGCCGAGCCCCGGGCCCAGCAUGGCCGCCCCGGAGCCGGCCCGGGCUGCACCGCCCCCACCCCCGCCCCCGCCGCCCCCUCCCGGGGCUGACCGCGUCGUCAAAGCAGUACCUUUCCCCCCAACACAUCGCUUGACAUCUGAAGAAGUAUUUGAUAUGGAUGGGAUACCCAGGGUUGAUGUUCUGAAGAACCACUUAGUAAAAGAAGGUCGAGUAGAUGAAGAAAUUGCGCUUAGAAUUAUCAAUGAGGGUGCUGCCAUCCUUCGGAGAGAGAAAACUAUGAUAGAAGUAGAAGCUCCAAUUACAGUGUGUGGUGACAUCCAUGGCCAGUUUUUUGAUCUGAUGAAACUUUUUGAAGUAGGCGGAUCACCUGCUAAUACACGAUACCUUUUUCUUGGUGAUUAUGUGGACAGAGGUUAUUUUAGUAUAGAGUGUGUCUUAUAUUUAUGGGUCCUGAAGAUUCUAUACCCAAGCACAUUAUUUCUUCUGAGAGGCAACCAUGAAUGCAGACACCUUACUGAAUAUUUUACCUUUAAGCAGGAAUGUAAAAUUAAAUAUUCAGAAAGAGUCUAUGAAGCUUGUAUGGAAGCUUUUGAUAGCCUGCCUCUUGCUGCACUUUUAAACCAACAAUUUCUUUGUGUUCAUGGUGGACUUUCACCAGAAAUACACACACUGGAUGAUAUUAGGAGAUUAGAUAGAUUCAAAGAGCCACCUGCAUUUGGACCAAUGUGUGACUUGCUAUGGUCCGAUCCUUCUGAAGAUUUUGGAAAUGAAAAAUCACAGGAACAUUUUAGUCACAAUACAGUUCGAGGAUGUUCUUAUUUUUAUAACUAUCCAGCAGUGUGUGAAUUUUUGCAAAACAAUAAUUUGUUAUCGAUUAUUAGAGCUCAUGAAGCUCAAGAUGCAGGCUAUAGAAUGUACAGAAAAAGUCAAACUACAGGGUUCCCUUCAUUAAUAACAAUUUUUUCGGCACCUAAUUACUUAGAUGUCUACAAUAAUAAAGCUGCUGUAUUAAAGUAUGAAAAUAAUGUGAUGAAUAUUCGACAGUUUAACUGUUCUCCACAUCCUUACUGGUUGCCCAAUUUUAUGGAUGUCUUCACGUGGUCUUUACCAUUUGUUGGAGAAAAAGUGACAGAAAUGUUGGUAAAUGUUCUGAGUAUUUGCUCUGAUGAUGAACUAAUGACUGAAGGUGAAGACCAAUUUGAUGAACGGCUCAUAUAUGGCAGUAAAAAAGUAGGUUCAGCUGCAGCCCGGAAAGAAAUCAUAAGAAACAAAAUUCGAGCAAUUGGCAAGAUGGCAAGGGUCUUCUCUGUUCUCAGGGAGGAGAGUGAAAGUGUGCUGACACUCAAGGGCCUGACUCCCACAGGGAUGUUGCCUAGUGGAGUGUUGGCUGGAGGACGGCAGACCCUGCAAAGUGGUAAUGAUGUUAUGCAACUUGCUGUGCCUCAGAUGGACUGGGGCACACCUCACUCUUUUGCUAACAAUACACACAGUGCAUGCAGAGAAUUCCUUCUGCUUUUUAGUUCCUGUCUCAGCAGCUGACACAGGCAGAAUUCUAUCUGAUAGGUAGUGUCUGAUUAAUAAUCUGACCAUGGCAGAAAAUUGAUAGAGUGGGUAUUCCUUUCAAUUGAAAAUAAUGGUCGGUCUCUCAGCUUUUCAUGAAAUGAUAUGGGAGAGGCUCACAUUAUAAUGUCUGAAAUAUUUAUUCAUUUGUCUAAAGCACCUUUUUCUUUUAAAAACCCUUUUCUUUUAAAGUUUCAGAACGUGAAUCAAGGAUAUCCAUAUUACUAAAAUGGAAAUGUAAUUCCAAGUUUCCUAUUUUUUAUUUUUUUAACUUAUGUAAUUGUAUUAGACUAUGCUUAUAUUUUCAGAUACUUAAUUUUAGAGUUAGCAAUCUGCUUGGGCCCCAGAACAUUACUUAUUCACUUCACUUGCCAAAAGAUUUGUGCAAGGUUUUGUACCGUGGUAAAUGAUGCCAAAGUUUGUUUUCUGUGGUGUUUGUCAAAUGUUCUAUGUAUAAUUGACUGUCUGUAACAUGCUGUUUCCUUCCUCUGCAGAUGUAGCUGCUUUCCUAAACUGUCUGUCUUUCUUUAGGUUAGCUGUAUGUCUGUAAAAGUAUGUUAAAUUAAAUUACUCUAUCAGACACUUGUCUGUCUUUUGAUGUAGAAGCAACUUCGUAGCACCUUGUUUUGAGGUUUGCUGCAUUUGUUGCUGCACUUUGUGCAUUCUGAACAUGAAUGUAACAUUAGAUAUUAAGUCAUUGUUAUAAGGGGUUGAAUUUAAAUCCUGUAAGUCAAAAUUGAAAGGGUGUUAUUAAGUGUGCCUUUAUUUUGCAUGAAAAUAAAAAGAAUUAUACGUAAAGCAUUCCUGUAAUCUGGCUCAUUGAAUAUUUUACAUUUUAAAAAACCUAACUUUUUUUGGCGUAAAUAUCUGUGUAAAUACUGGGUUAACUUUUUGAAAGCCCAUUACAGAUUAAAUAGAAGAGAGUGAUGUGAAUGUUAUAGAUUAUACACAGUAACCCAAACUCUAGAUUUCUUUCCCUUGUGAUUGGAAAGCAAAAAAUGUGAUAUGGAAAGCCUUAAUUUAUAUGUUUUCUUGUAGUCACUUUUGACAGCCCUCCAAGGGUCAUUGCUUUAUUAAAACAGGCAGCAACAGAUCUGAUGUUUUCCUUAGUCAUGAUUAACAAUUUCUUUUUGGUGUUAUAAUUAGAGAAUUUUUUAAAACAAAAAAAAUUAGGAAAUUUUAAUUUAAAUUUUUGAAUAAACUUCAAUUAGAUCAACUUUUCACAAUUUCAUUUCACUCAGUCUCUUAAUAAAUGCUUAAAUAAAUUUGAAAAGGGAAUUUUUCCUGUAGACAAAUAAUUUCUACUUGUAGCCUAUACGUGUUCUAUUUUAUAUGUUAUUGUGUUGUCUGCUACCACCACUGGUAUGUGUGAAAAUACAACUAUGUUUUGAAAUUAUAGCUUCACAUUUUCAUUCUGAAUGAGGUUUCUUUUUUUGAUUUUACAAAAAACAAACUGCUUUGAUUCUCUUUAUGUUUCCUACCCUCCAUUUUUCUUGUUAUAUUGUAAACAUUAGAAAAGUGAACUAAAAAGAAUUUCAUGAAAACAAAUUAAGAUUUUAAACAUUCAAUAAAAUUAGGAAAAAUGUUAAUAGGAAAGAAUGAAUUUUAAUAGCUUGAAAAAUGUUAUCCAUUUCCUGCUCUUUGUUCAGAAGAAAAUAAAGAAAACCACAAGGAUCUCAUACUUAAAUAAAUCUACACUACAGUCGUCUCUCAGUUAUCCUUGGAUGUAUUAUUACUUUUACAUUAUAUCCACAGCAGAUCUUUCUUUCAGAUUUCACAGUUAGCACCCGCUAGUUACAUGCUUUGUUGACAGCUUGGCUCUUCUAUUUAUUCUUAAUUUGCAUGCAGCCUGAAGCUCAGUCUUCCAACUUUGAAAUCACCCCCAACCACAGGAAAGGUUUGAAAGACAGCUUUACUGAUGGGACUGUCUAUUUCCAUCAUAGAGUGAGUUAUUGGAUGGUGCUGAGCUUAAGGGGUCUAAUCUGGGAAACUAGGUAGCUCCCUAGCUCUACCAGUGAUGGGUCUUGAUAAUAUGGUUUGAGCAUUUGGUUGAAGUGAUUUCCCUAGCAUAAGACAAUCCCAUUUUGAAACAAAUAACUCAUACAAAAGCUGUAUCUGCGUGAUUUUUAAAAACUUAUCUAACAUUUAAAAUUUUAGGAGACAUGUUCCCCGAUGUGAAUAACUGAGAGUUGAGUAUUGCCAAAAGAAAGUUUUUAAAUUCUAAAACCUCAGUCCUAUUGUCAGAAAAUAAAAAUUGUCCUCUCAGUAAUUUUAAAGUUAAUUUAUGAUAUUUCUCAAGUGUUUUUACAAACUGCACAACUCUCUUUGAGUAGGAUUUGAUAUUAUAUUUUAUGUGAGUUUGUUUUCUUCAUGGAAAUUUGAUUGGGAGCUAGUCCUAUAAUGCUACCUUCACCAGGACCUAUAUGGGAAAAUAUGUGGCCAUUUCUAUUUUAGUAAUGUCAAAUUCCUCUUGAUCUGUUAUCCUGUGUAGUAUUGAGGAACACAGUUUGAGACAGCAUUAUACUCAAACUUAUUAAGGCCAUGCCAAGAUACAUAAUAAAACUGAAAACAAAUAGAGGAAAAAUAGUGCCUUUCAGAUAGAAUUUGCAAUUAUCAGAUCUCUUUCUUUCCAGCUUAAUGUUUAAGCCUCAAAUGACCUUUCAAUUCUAAGCAUUCAAGCCUGACAUGGUAUGCAGUUUUGAGUGUGAUAUCUAGUUUUUAUUCUGAAAAGGAUAAAAGCCUUUAGAGGUCUCAGGAAAGAGCAGAGAAUAUAAUUGACCUAGAAAAUGCUUUUACACGUAGAACUAAAAGCCCAUAGAAUGAUUUCAAAAGUAUAUUGUCACAUUUCAUAAUUUGAAAAACUUAUUAAUAGACAUUUUUUUUUCCUGAGGAAAAUUAGCCCUGAGCUAACAUCUGCUGCCAAUCCUCCUCUUUUUGCUGAG